CUGGAUGCAUACCGGAUGAAUUCGCCUUGCAUUGUUUCUGCAAGUCAGUCAGUGGGUCUUACCUCCUUAGCGGUUUGUGCUACAAGGAAAGUCUCCGCGGCGGCUGGGUGCAGACGUGGCCGUGGCUCCUCGUCCAGUCACAAGUACACUCCGCGGCGGGCGGUGCUCUACGUACCCGGAAACGACGAGAAGAAAAUCCGGAAGAUUCCCACUCUGAGCGUCGACUGUGCGGUGCUCGACUGUGAGGACGGCGUGGCUGCCAGCAAGAAGAGUGAAGCGCGAAUGAGAAUAGUCAAAACUCUGGAAGACUUUGACCUUGGCCCCACAGAAAAGUGCGUGAGAAUCAACGCAGUGUCCAGCGGUCUUGCCGAAGAAGACCUGGAGGCCCUUUUGCAGUCCCGGAUCCUUCCUUCCAGCCUGAUGCUCCCCAAGGUCGAACACCCCGAGGACAUCCAAUGGUUUUCAGACAAAUUCUCAUUCCACUUAAAAGGCCGAAAACUUGAACAACCAAUGAAUUUAAUCCCUUUUGUGGAAACUGCAAUGGGUUUGCUCAAUUUUAAGGCCGUGUGUGAAGAAGCGCUGAGGACUGGACCUCACGUGGGUCUUACUCUAGAUGCUGUGGUUUUUGGAGGAGAAGAUUUCCGAGCCAGCAUAGGCGCAACAAGUAGUAAAGACACCCAGGACAUUCUCUACGCCCGACAAAAGGUGAUUGUUGUAGCGAAGGCCUUUGGGCUACAAGCCAUAGACCUCGUGUACAUUGACUUCCGAGACAGAGACGGGCUCCUGAGGCAGUCCAGAGAAGGAGCCGCCAUGGGCUUUACUGGUAAGCAGGUGAUCCACCCGAACCAAAUCGCCACUGUCCAGGAGCAGUUUUCUCCUUCUCCUGAAAAAAUUCAGUGGGCCGAGGAGCUGAUUGCUGCCUUCCAAGAGCAUCAACAAUCAGGAAAGGGAGCCUUUACUUUCCAAGGGAGUAUGAUCGACAUGCCAUUACUGAAGCAGGCCCGGAACAUUGUUACGCUUGCCACAGCCAUCAAGGAAAAAUGAUCUGUUAAAUAAAGCUCUCAUCAGGCUAAAGGGGAUUGAAGCCGCAGAGGAUCAACUUGUGCUUGCCAGAGGACGCCAAUGAAGUUUGAAACACCAACAAUCAGAGAUUUUGUUUCUGUUCCUCAUUAAAUCAUGAGCUUUUGUGUUGCGA